GCGUCAAUACAUGUGAACACAGAUACUUUGCUCAUCCCUCUCUCUCUCGCUCUCGCUGAUCUCUCCGCGGCAGAGGCCGUCCCUUUUCCGCGAGCAAGCAGGAUCCUAGAAGUGGAAUAGAAAUGAUGCUGAAGAGAGUCCUCCAGAAAAGUAUGAAGAAGAAACUGUCUAGUGGGGAAGAGAAAAGAGAUACCAUCACUGUCAAUCAGAGAACCAUCCCUAUGGAUUUGGUCUCACAAGCACCUAGUGUUCGAAGAAAGCGAAAGAGAAAAGGUUUCAACACAAUUGAUGAGAGUGUUGCGCUCAGAAAGAAGCAAAGCAGAGAAGAUUUAAACAUCAUGGACCAAAGAGUUGAAUCCAUGGAUCGGAUCAGCCAGUUGCCUGAACACAUCAUCCAUUACAUCCUCUCUCUCCUUCGUAAUGCAAAAGAUGCAGCUCGAACAAGUGUCUUGUCCAAAAGGUGGAGAGAUAUAUGGAUUUCAUUCUCCAUUUUGAAAUUUGACCAGCGGAAGAUCCAAGAACAGGAGGGAUAUCUGGAUACGAGGAACACGAGGAAGGCCUUCAAGGACUUUGUUGACAACUCUGUGAAGAGCCACCUGCAGCGAAAAUUAAGUAUACAUAAAUUGGUGCUAUAUAUUACCUCUUGUGAUUUUGAACUAGGCCGGCAUCUGGAUCGGUGGAUUAAUGUUGCAAUUGAAAACAACAUGAAAGAGCUAGAUCUCCAUGUUGUCGGGAAAGUUGUAUAUUAUAGAUUACCCCACACCGUUUUUGCUACAACAACAUUAACUGGAUUAAGGUUAUGCGGAUGUAGUUUGUUAUCUCUUGGUGAUAUAAAGCUUCCACAGCUUCAAAAACUGUAUCUACGAGACCUCUUUGCUGAUCAACAGACAAUCGAGGAUCUGAUCUCCAGCUGCCCUUUAAUUGAGGAUUUGAGAUUCAUACGUUGCACAGGGUUGAAAGAUCUGCGGGUUUCAGGUCUUCUAAAACUUGAUAGGUUUGAGGUGCACCACUGCCAUGGACUAAAAAAUAUCGAAAUUAAAGUUCCAAAUCUUCAAACAUUUUGGUAUUUCAUGGAAAAAUCCAUGCCCUGCAAAAUUGACUUGGCUGCUUGUGUAUCUCUAAAAAGACUGACAUUGGAGGAUGCCAACAUGACAGACAAAAUGUUUCAAGAUCUGUGUGCUAGUUUUCCUCUCCUUGAGAAAUUGGACCUCAGCAAAUGCAAUAAAUUGAAGAAUAUAACAAUUUCGAGUAUACGGCUUGAAAGACUUGCCUUGAGAGGGUGCAGAAAUCUAAUAGAGGCAGACAUAGAUACUCCAAAUCUUUCUUCAUUCGAGUAUAAGGGUAAUAGGAUGCCUAUUUUUUUACCGAAUCCUUCAUGUCUAAAGGAGGCCAAACUUUCUUUUGACCCAGUAUACAGAGCUAGCAAUGAAUUGCGCCUUGUAAAUGCUGAUGUUCUAUGGUUUGCUAGAUUGAGAGAAUUUCUUGCAAAGUUCAACAAUUGCAAUGGCUUAAAAUUGGUUGUCCGCUCCAAAAAGAAUAUCAUUAUAUAUGAAGAAUUGAGAGAAAUCUUGCUCCCUCCAUUUCGUGGUCUUAAGAUUGAAAUAAUCAGACCAUCAAUGAGCUUUGAAGAUUUAUUAGAUAAUUUGUUGAGGACAUGGCACCCAGAGACCCUAUCAAUAGUGUCAUCUUCUAGCAGUGAAUUCAACAAGUUGGUAUAUCGAAAGAUAAUGGACAGAGAAGAAAAUCCAAGAUGCUGCUCAUACAACACUCGAAAUAAUAAAUGUUGGAGGCACUUUCUGAAGGACGUCAAGCUUAAGAACUUUGAAGCAGCUGCCGAUAAAAGGCCAUCUGACUGUAUUGCUUGGUUGAAAUCAUCUCCAAGUAUGCUGUCCCAGACAACUAGCUAUAGAUUAUGCUGGGGCUCCCGCCAUAGUUAAAGGGGUGGAGGGAGAGGUUGUUGGUUCAGUCGUGGCUGAGUUGUUUUUACCUAGAACAGAAGAAAUGGUACGAAGCCAGACUCAAACGUUUAAACUCUUUUUUUUUUUUUUUGGGUGGAUUUUUUGAACUCAUGGGGUUUGAGUAAUUUAAUUGGAUUGUUAUUUUAGAAAAAGGUAAGCGGUUAUUGGCAUUA